AUGAAACAAUUUUCAUCUGCAGAAACAGGAGGUAAUUGCGUGGGACCAACAAAAUCAUUUGUACCUUGUAAAGUUUGCGGAGAUAAGGCCUCAGGUUAUCAUUACGGUGUAACGAGUUGUGAAGGUUGUAAGGGAUUUUUUCGUAGGAGCAUUCAAAAACAGAUAGAAUAUCGUUGCUUAAGAGACGGCAAGUGUCUUGUGAUUCGAUUAAAUAGAAAUCGUUGUCAAUAUUGCCGUUUUAAAAAGUGCUUGCAAGUCGGGAUGAGCAGAGAUUCUGUUAGGUACGGACGCGUUCCUAAGCGUUCGAGAGAUGUUUGCCAACAAAUUGUCGAUGAGACGAGUAGGGGCUCCAUAGUAGUUGCGCCCCCAAGUUUGACGCCCCCGAGAUCUUUGACUUCGCCUCCGGAUGACCAAAAUACACAGAUACAAGAAACAGAAGUUCUCCUAAGUUGUACCUCCGAACCAUCCCCAUACGAUAUUAUAGCUUGCGUUGGUCAAGCUCACAGGACCCAUUGUAGUUACACCGAAGAAACGAUUAGGACCUUGGUCAAAAGGCCUGUGGGUCAAGCCAGCACAAUUUCGGAAGAAUGUGAGACUGCACCAACUAGUUCAGAAGCAAUUUUACUUCAUCAGCGUGUAUGGUUAUGGCAGCAAUUUGCAUCCAGGAUGACGCCAGCUGUGCAGAGAGUAGUGGAAUUUGCCAAAAGAGUCCCUGGGUUUUGUGAUCUCAUGCAGGACGAUCAGCUGAUACUUAUCAAACUUGGAUUUUUUGAGGUGUGGUUGUCUCACGUUUCAAGAACGACUUCAGAUUCUGCAUUGAUGUUUGAUGAUGGAACAUAUUUCACGAGGCAACAGUUAGAAAUUAUUUAUGAUAACGAGUUUGUCACGGCCCUGCUUCGUUUCACCAAUUCCCUGAAUGCCCUGGGUCUAAGUGAGACUGAACUAGGACUUUUCUCAUCAUUAGUUCUGAUUGCACCAGACAGGGCCGGAAUUAGCGUCCACAAAUCAGUCACAAGGGUACGUGAACGUCUCACUGAAGCACUAAGAGUGCAGAUAUCCAGGACCAGACCCGGAGAACUGAGUCCUCUCUUGCCAAUUUUAGAGGCCAAAUUACCAGAAUUAAGAGUUCUUGGAUCGAGACAUAAUUCGCAUCUGGAUUGGUUUAGGGGAAACUGGACAAAUUUAAGAUUGCCACCGCUAUUUGCUGAGAUUUUUGAUAUACCGAAGUGUGAAGAUGAUAAUUGA